AUGGCACGACCAAACAUUGUCUUCAUUCUGGCCGACGACCAUGCUGCCAAGGCCAUCAGCUGCUACGGCGCGGGCAUCAACCGGACGCCCAACAUGGACCGGCUGGCGGCGGAGGGCAUGAAGUUCAACCACUGCUAUGUGACCAACUCGAUCUGCACGCCGUCGCGGGCCGCGAUUCUGUGCGGCACGCACAACCACGUCAACGGCGUCAUGACGCUCGACAGCAAGAUCAACAAGCACCUGCCCAACGUGGCCAAAGCGCUGCGGAGCGAGGCCGGGUACGCGACGGCCAUGGUGGGCAAGUGGCACCUCGGCGAGGGCCAGGAGCACGAGCCGACGGGGUUUGACCACUGGUCGGUUCUGCCCGGGCAGGGCGAGUACUGGGACCCCGCGUUCAUCGGGCCGGACGGCGCGGCCGUGGAGCCCGGGUAUGCCACGGACAUUAUCACGAAAAAGUCGCUGGACUGGAUCGACGCGGUGCGCGCCGAGGAUCCGGCGCGGCCGUUUUUCCUCAUGUGCCACCACAAGGCGCCGCACCGGUCGUGGGAGGCGCACCCGCGGCACAAGGACCUGUACACGGACCCGGUGCGCGUGCCCGAGACCUUCGACGACGACUACAAGAACCGGGCCAAAGCGGCAAGUCUGGCCAAGAUGCGCGUGGCCGAGGACCUGACGUACUACGACCUGGGGCUCGUGCAGCCCGAGGGCAGCGGCGACGCGGUCGGCGAGCGCCUGGCGUCCGAAGGGUUCAGCACCCAUCGCAAGAUUCCGGCGCCGACCACAGAAGCGGGUGUGCGCGCUCUGCGGCUGAUUGACAAGGCGGACGGCCGCGUGUUCACCUUUGCGACGCCCGACGCGCUCGCGCAGUUCAAGUACAAGCGCUACAUGCAGCGGUACCUGCGGACGAUCCAGGCGAUUGACGACAGCGUGGGCGCGGUGCUCGACUACCUGGACCGCGAGGGCCUCGCGGACAACACCAUGGUCUUGUAUAGCUCCGACCAGGGCUUCUUUCUGGGCGAGCACGGCUGGUUCGACAAGCGCUUCAUGUACGAGGAGAGCUUCCAGAUGCCGCUGCUCGUCAGGUACCCGCCCACCGUCGCGCCCGGCAGCGUCUGCGACGCCAUUGUCAGCAACGUCGACUUUGCGCCGACGUGGCUCGACGUGGCCGGCGUGCGCAUCCCGAGCUACAUGCAGGGCGUCUCGUUCCGCCCUCUGCUGGAAAACGAGGGGAACGCCCCGCCUGCCUGGCAGCAGGUUGCCUACCACCGCUACUGGAUGAACAACGACGAGGGCCACAACGUGCUGGCGCACUACGGCGUGCGCAACCACCGGUACAAGCUGAUUUACUGGUACAACGAGGACCUCGGCGUGGCGGGCGCGCGGCCCUGCACUGACUAUACGGAGAAGGAGUGGGAGCUGUUUGACUGCGACAAGGACCCGCUGGAGCUGUUCAACGUGUACCAUGACCCGGCCUAUGCGGACACGGUCGUGGAGCUGACACGGAUGCUGGAGGAGAAGAUGGCCGAGAUUGGCGACGAGCCGGUGCAUAAGACGGCAGCACAGAAGACGAUGGUCCGGACGUAG